UCUCUCUUCAUCAUCAGCACAAUCACAACAUCAUCCCACGACCAAUUCGACUGCAAUCAUCCAAUCCGUCUCUCUCCCCAAAUCACUCUCCAUCAGUACUCACCCCUCCCGUCCUCUCUGCCUCUCUCCAAUUCCCACUCUCACCAUGACUCGCUCGCACAAGUACAACGACCGUGACCACGCCGGCCUGGCCGACGGUACUGCCGCACCCCAGGAACACCUCCCUCGCUACUUUGCCAAACACGGCCACGAAGGCGUCGACCCUAAGAAGAUGAAGAAGAGUGGUGGUGGAAAGGCCAACUGGGGCAAUGCUGGCGAUGAGAUCGUUGAUGAAGACUUCUCAUUUGCCAACCCCCGUCGCCGCUCCAACAGCACUGGCUACGCCAACCAGCUCCUGUCAUUCCGGACCAAGUUUGACGUGAACGAGCCCGAGCCCGUCUUUGAGGAGAGCCUUCACGGCCCUACUGAAGACGAUGUCGGCGCGGAGCUCGCCAAGACCGAGACAUCGGAGAGUGACCGAUCCUCCGAGGAUGGCAAAUCCUCCCAGCACUAAUCCACCUCGCCCUGCGUCGGUGGGCGCCGGCACGAACACUGGUAGCGCGAGGCUGUUGUACUACUUAUCACUAAAUCUAUUAUUUACGACAAAGGAGGCGUCUCAGCGACACACGGGGUGUCUUGGGGAUUGGGCCUCUGGGUUCGGUGUACCGGCGGUUGGCUUUUGCUAUUUGAAGAAUGGGAACGGGAUCAAGCGCGAUGAGGAACAAGUUGUCUCGUCCUCUUGUCUUGUUUCAUAACAUGCCUCGGCGGUGGAAACCAGUUGCGCUUGACGAUCUCGACGAAAGGUGACGGCAGUUCACCAUUGUAUCAUCACACACAACCAAACGGCCAAUGAUCUCAGACAAAUAGAUCCAUGCCCUGU